AUGCUUUCACCUAACACAACGUUGAAGCAGAUUGAGAUUCUUGGUUAUCUAGGCACAAAAUUUCCAAAUUGGAUUGGGGAUGAUUCGUUCAACAACAUUGUUGACAUAAAGCUUAGUGGGAGUCAGCAUUGCUCCAAUUUACCACCACUUGGGCAACUGCCUUCACUAAAAAUUCUUCACAUUUCAAGUUUUGAUUCAGUAACGACUGUGGGUGCUGAGUUUUACGGGAAUAGUUCUGCGAAGAAGAAGCCAUUUUCAUCGUUGGAAAUAUUAAUUUUCAAGAACUGCCAUUACUUUGAAGCCCUCUCAAUGUCCGAUGGUCAAUGUCAGGAACUAACUUAUCUGUCUAUCUAUUGUUGUCGUAGCUUUGUGUCUUUCCCAAAUGGUGGACUUAUUGCUCCCAAACUGAGUGACUUGAAUAUAUAUAAUUGCCCUGAAUUGAUGUGGUUGCCAGAGAAGAUGACUUCCCUCUCAUCUUUGAAAUCUUUGACAAUCAGAAGUUGUCCAUUGAUAAAGGCUAUUCCUGAAGGUGGUCUGCCCAUUAGUUUGUCUAAACUUAGGAUAAACUAUCAUCAACUUUUGAGGAUAAAAUGGAAUUGGCAAACAUUACCCAAUCUCAAGAAUACAUUAUCAGAAGAAGGGUUUCCAACCUCCCUCAGCUCUUUGAGUAUAAGUGGUUGUCCUCUGCUGAAGAAAAUUUACGACACAAAGGACAGUGAGAAUAAGGAGUAUUGGAGAAAGAUUAGUCAUAUCCCACAUGUCGGAGGUUCUUCAGAAAGGCAGGAAGAAGAUAGUUUUCUCAACAUGAAACAAGCAAUGUUCUGA